AUGUCUGCAGGCAGUAACAAACCGAAUCGCCUGGCAUUUCUGACACAAACCGCACCCGCAUCAUAUGUCGCAGGUCUUGGUAGAGGUGCCUCUGGAUUCACCACCCGAUCUGAUAUUGGUCCCGCUCGUGAAGGACCUUCUGCAGAGGCUGUUGCAGAGGCACAGGCUCGACGGGGAGAGGAGGUUGAGAUCGACCCAGAGGCCCUGCAGGAUCCAGACAACGAGACUGGCCUAUUCGCAGGAACAGUGUACGAGGCAGACGAUGAGGAAGCAGACCGAAUCUACGAUGCUGUGGAUAGUAAGAUGGAAGAGCGAAGAAAAGCACGCAAGGAAGCCCGAGAAAAGGACGAACAGGAGCAAUUCCGCGCCUCAAGACCGAAGCUUCAGCAGCAGUUUGCCGACCUCAAACGUGGCCUUGCUACUGUUUCCGAUGCAGAAUGGGAGUCCCUGCCCGAGGUUGGAAACUUGACUGGAAAAAAGCGCAAGCGAGAUCCCAGGAUGUACGCAGUUCCCGACACCAUUCUGGUUGGGGACAGAGACAAAAUUGAUUACGAAAAUUCAUUGGAUACGCGUCAACAAGAGAAUGGUGGAUUCCUCAGCGAGGUUGGUGAUGGAGGAGGAGCUCUUACCAACCUGGUGGCAAUUGGCCAGGCGCGAGACAAAGUACUCGGUUUGAAGCUCGACCAGAUUGCAGGGAGCAGCUCUACUGUCGAUCCCAAAGGCUAUCUUACCGAUCUGAACAGCGUUAUUCAAAAGACCGAGGCCGAGAUUGGUGACAUCAAGCGUGCUCGUAUGUUGUUCGAUUCGCUUGUCAAGUCGAACCCAAAGCACGCUCCCGGUUGGAUUGCCGCGGCUUGUGUCGAAGAACAUGCCGGCCGUAUGGUUGCCGCGCGCAAGCUUAUUCGGGAGGGAACAGAGAACUGCCCGAAGAGUGAGGAUGUAUGGCUGGAGGCAGCCCGUCUGCACCAAAAAGAAGAUGCCAAGAUUAUAUUGGCCAAUGCUGUUCAGCAUAUUCCUCAGAGUGUCAAGAUAUGGCUCGCUGCCGCUGAAUUAGAGGCAGAUCCUCAAGCUAAAAAACGAGUGAUGCGAAAAGGCAUGUUUAUAUUAUUCGACAUCGAAAGUGUAUUGACAUGUACCUCAUUAGCUGUCACCCAUAUCCCCAACUCGGUUCGCCUCUGGAAGGAGAACGUCAACCUUGAAGAUUCGCCCGCCGAAGCACGAAUCUUGCUUGCCCGAGCAACAGAGCUUAUUCCUACCUCGGUUGAACUCUGGCUUGCGCUUGCUCGGCUCGAAACUCCCGAACGUGCCAAAAAGGUCAUUAACCAAGCACGCAAAAAAGUGCCUACCUCGCACGAGAUUUGGAUUGCUGCAGGUCGUUUGAUCGAAGAACAGGCCCGAGUAGGCGCCAAUGAGGAUGGGACCGACAAGACAGAUGCACAACGUGCUGCCGAGCUGGAGAAAGUUGACCAAACCCUGGCCAUGGCUGUUCCCCAGUUGCGAAAACAUGGCGCGAUGCUCACUCGUGACCAAUGGCUUGCGGAAGCGGAAAAGUGUGAAGCUGAGGGAAGUCUACGUACGGCCGAGGCGAUCGUCAAGGCUUCAGUCGCAAUGGAAGUAGAAGAGGAAGAUAGAUUCGAUACUUGGGUCGCGGAUGCUGAAAGCGCAUUGACUCGAGGCAAGGUUGUGGUUGCCCGAGCUGUAUUAGCAUAUGCUCUACGUGUAUUGCCGGACCGGAGAGAGUUGUGGCGCAAGGCGGCGGAUCUCGAAAAGGCCUACGGAGACCGAGCCUCCCUGGAUGCUAUACUAUCCCAAGCUGUCAAGUUCUGCCCACAAGCCGAGGUUCUUUGGUUGAUGUCCGCCAAGGAAAAGUGGCUCGCAGGAGACGUUAUGGCAGCCCGAAGCACUCUCGAACAAGCAUUCGUAGCCAAUCCAGAAAGCGAGGCGAUUUGGCUGGCGGCUGUCAAACUCGAAGCUGAAAACGGCGAAAUGGCGGUGGCGCGCGAACUGCUUAUUCGUGCACGUACAGUUGCUGACACUGAGCGGAUUUGGAUGAAAUGUGCUGUAUUUGAGCGGCAACAAGGGCAGCACGGUCAAGCGCUGGAAACACUGACAACAGCAUUACAAAAGUAUCCCACGUUUGACAAGCUACAUAUGAUCAAGGCACAAAUUUACGAAGACCUGGGGCAAAUUGGAGAAGCCCGUACAACUUACUCCAAGGCCCUCAAAGCGUGUCCAAAGAGCAUCACCCUAUGGACCCUUGCCUCUCGGCUGGAAGAGCGGGACAACAAAGCGAUCAAGGCUCGAUCGCUCUUGGAGAAGGCGCGGUUGGUGAAUCCCAAGGAGGAUAUACUAUGGGCCGAGUCUGCAGGAGUCGAAGAACGAAGUACUGGAGCGGCCCAGGCCAAAGUUAUUCUUGCUCGCGGUCUCCAAGAGUGCCCUACCUCUGGUCUUCUCUGGUCGUUGGCAAUUUGGCUCGAACCUCGGGCGACGCGCAAGGCGCGUUCGGUCGAUGCGCUCAAGAAAUCAUCUGACGACCCUAUAAUCAUAUGCACCGUUGCACGCUUGUUCUGGGCCGAGGGUAAGAUUGAAAAAGCACGUCAAUGGUUCCAACGAGCAAUUGCGACGGACAAGGAUCUUGGCGAGAUUUGGGCGUGGUGGCUAAAGUUUGAGAGACAACAUGGAACAAAGGAACACCAACAAGUUGUGAUUGAUGGAUGCGUGACGGCAGAACCUCAUCAUUCGCAGGCAUGGCAAGUCGUCGCGAAGGAUCUAAAGAAUACAGGCAAGGGAACGAAAGAAAUACUGGAGCUGGUUACCGCGAAACUGCCGUAG